GUUGGAGUGUCGCUUACGUAAGGAGCACGAGGAGCAGGCGGAGCCCCCGGGGUUGUUUUUUUCGCCCGAGAGACUGAUUUUGCGGAGGCAGUGGCGGCCGUGGGCGGUGAGAUCUCUCAGGUAGUCGUAGUCGCUUUGAGAGCCGCCUUGGGGACCAGCCCCUGCCCCGCCUUCUGUCACUGGGGUAGCGGGAAGUGCUGGCUUCAGAGACCUUUAGUUGCACUGCACGAGGAUCUCAGGAGGAAAUGCAGGGCGAGGGAAGCGAAUGAAUCAAAGCACGAGCGGAAGCAGUAUCACUUCAGGCGUUAGAACACAGCAAGUGAAGAAAACAGACAAGUCUCCUGGCACGCGUAUCCAGCCACAGCUCACGAUGUCUUCUGGCCUCAGAGUAUUUAGAGCUGGUGUUGCGUUGGUUUUGAUGUGCAAUUUUUACACGUCAACUGAAGACUCCCUCCCAGAACUGAGUCCUCAGCAGUAUUUCAGCUCACUGCAGCCAGGAAAGGCCUCAUUAGCUUAUUUUUGCCAAGAUGGUUCUCUAAGUAACUCUCUGUUUCUCGAAGAACUGAAAGAAGCCAUCAGGCCCCUCCAGGACUAUGGGAUUUCAGUCGCAAAGGUUACUUGUGUCAAAGAAGAAGCGUCAAGGUACUGUGGGGAAGAAGAGAGUUUGAUGAAAGCGUAUUUAUUCAGAGGCAGCAUACUCCUCAGAGAGUUCCCCACGGACAUCUUGUUUGACGUGAACGCCAUCAUUGCCCAUGUCCUCUUUGCUCUGCUUUUUAAUGAAGUAAAAUAUAUUACCACCCUGGAAGACCUUCAUAGCAUAGAAAAUUCUCUGAAAGGAAAAUCAAAUAUGAUAUUCUCAUAUGUAGAAGCCAUCGGAACACCAGAGCACAGAGCCGUCAUGGAAGCCGCUUUUGUGUAUGGGACCUCUUACCAGUUUGCCUUAACCACAGAAAUUGCUCUUUUAGAAGAUGUCGGCUCGGAGAACAUAGAGCACGCACAUCUCUACUUCUUUCAUUGUAAAGUGGUCUCGGACGUGACCGAGCAUUGCCGAAGAACACUAAUGGGGCCGCCAUUGGCUGCAGUGGAAGUUCACAAAUUCGUGAAGACAAUGGAGGCACCUCUGUUGACGGAGGUGGCUGAAGACCCCCAGCUGGUGUCCACCAUCCAUCUACAACUAGGACUGCCACUGGUCUUUAUUAUCAGCCAGCGAGCGACACACGAGGCUGACAGAAGAACCGCAGAGUGGGUGGCGUGGCAGCUUCUGGGGAAAGCAGGAGUUCUGCUCUUGAUGAGGGACUCCGCGGACGUGAACAUUCCCCAGCACGCUAACGUGGCCUUCAGAAGAGCAGAGAAGGACGCGCCUGUGGAAUUUCAGGUGUUGAAUGAUGUUGAGUUAAUCAUUUCCCAUGUGAAAAAUAAUUUGUACUUUGAAGAAAUACAAGAAGAUGAAGGUGAAGACAUGGAAGGCCCAGAUCUGGCUGUUGAAGACGAUGAGGUGGCGGGAACUGUUUACAGAGACAGGAAGAGACCACUGCCUUUGGGGUUGUUGGUAGAACUAACGGAGGAGACAUUUAACACAACGGUCAUGGCUUCCGACACCUUAGUGCUUUUCUAUGCUACCUGGCAUGCAGUAUCCAUGGCAUUUCUUCAGUCCUAUACUGAUGUGGCAGUUAAAUUGAAAGGCAGGUCCACCAUCCUUCUCACUAGAAUAAAUUGUGCGGAUUGGUCCGAUGUAUGUACGAAGCAAAAUGUCACUGCGUUUCCCAUGGUAAAGUUGUAUAAGGAAGGCGAGAGCCCGGUGUCUUACGCCGGUAUGUUGGGAAGUAAAGAUCUCCUGACGUUUAUCCAGUUAAACAAGAUCUCCUCUCCAGUGAACAUAGCAUCCAUCCAGGAAGCAGAAAAAUACCUACGUGGGGAAUUAUAUAAAGACCUGUUCAGCUUCUCCAGUGUGUCAGUACUGGGACUCUUUACUCCAGCCAUGACGUCAGCGAAAGAGUGUUUCCAGAAAGCAGGGAAGCAGCUGAGAGGCUCUGUCCUCACAGGAGUUUAUUCUGAAGAUGACGCUUGGAUACUGUCAAAUAAAUAUGCUACAACCCUUCCAGCCCUGCUACUGGCCAGACCCAAAGAAGGUAGAAUAGAGAGCGUCCCACUAGACACCACCCCGGUACAAGACAUGGUUCAGAUACUAGCAAAUGCACCACUGGAAGCAUUUCCAGAGAUCACUGUGGAAAACCUUCCCACAUAUUUAAGAUUUCAGAGACCGUUACUUAUCUUGUUUAGUGAUGGCAGCAUAAAUCCUCAGUAUAGGAACAUUGUCCUGGCACUGGUGAGACAGAAGCAGUUGGAUUUGUUUACCCCUUGCUGGUUAAAUCUAAAGAACACUCCAGUGGGGAGGGGCGUCUUGAAGGCGUAUUUUGGUCGUCUGCCGACUCUUCCUCAGCUGCUCUUGGUGAAUCUGCAUUCGGGUGGCCAAGUAUAUGCAUUUCCUUCAUCCCAGCCUCUAACGGAACAAAGCCUUGUGUUGUGGCUUAAAAAUUCACAAGCGGGACUUGAAAACCCCAUCAGUCAGUGAGCAUCGAGGGGAGGAGUUUAAUAAUGGCAUCCCAUUUAUGGAUAAGUUCUCCAAACUCCGUCAUUCUCUACAUAUCGUGACCAGCAUUUUAAAAUAAUAUGAAGAUUCACUGCAUGACCCUCAUCCGAAAGAAGUUAUCUAAUCAUUGGGUAUUUAUAGUUCAGUUGACUCCAUGACACGCUAAAAUUAUUACUUGUGUAUAAUUAACUUUAAAAAUGGACUUGUUUUCAUAAAAUGUGUGGAAAAAGAUAGUGACCCAGGAACAGAAAAUGCUUCAAGAUGAAGGCAUUCCGAGUAUGAGUAACAAUGUUACAUAUAUUCCAAAAUAGUUCUUUCUGGAAUGAGUCAUAGAAGCAGUUACUUUUCGAAGCCAGGGAGAUGGCUCACUUGGCUGCCCAGGAAUGAGGCAGAGUUUGAGUGAGUGGUAGCAGUCACCUGCCAUGCCUUGCUGUGGAGCCAGCUCCAUCAGUGAGCUCCGUAAGAGAGGAAGACCCCAUGACUUAGCUUGCCUGGCCUCCAUGUGCACACACACACACACACACUCACACACACACACACACGUGUGUGUACACACUUAGGGUUUCUUUUGCUGUGAUAAAUAUGAUCAAACAACAUGGGGAGGAAAGGGUGUCUUUUGCACUCACACAUCAUGGGCCAUCACUGAAGGAAGUUAGAACAGGAAUUCAAGCAGGGCAAGGAUCUGGAACCAGGGCUGAUGCCAAGGCAACGGAGAGGUGACUACUAAUUAAGGAAACGCCUUGAAGGCCAGAAGAUGGCAUCAGAUCCCAUUAUAGGUGGUUGCGAGCCACCAUGUGGUUGCUGGGAGUGGAACUCAGGACCCCUGGAAGAGCAGACAGUGUGAGGCAUUUUCUUAACUGAGGUCCCCUCCUCUAGGAUUGCUUUAGCCUGUGUUAAGUCGAUGUAAAACUUUUCAGAACACAAGUGUACACACAUCAAAAAAAGUUUAACAGAAAUGGUAGCACACAUCUUUAAUCCCAGCACUUGGGAAGGGGAGGCAAGGAGAUCUCUGUGAGCUUGAGGUCAGCCUGGUCUAGAUAUGAGUUCCAGGCCAGCCACGGCUACAUGAUGAGUCAUCUUGUCAAUCAAUCAAUCGAUCAAUCGAUCAAUAAAGUAAAAUUAAAGCAGGAUACUUUUUAGGAGGACAAGACUAGAGUGGGUGAAGCCUGUAGUUUUAAGGGUUUAAUCUACAGUUUUAAGGGCAGUCAACUGAAUCAAGGUGACAGGUAUAGAUGGUUUCUUAUUUAUUACUCUGUGUGUGUGUGUGUGUGUGUGUGUGUGUGUGUAUGCAUGCACGUGUGUGCAUCUGAGAGUGUACAUAUGUACACUGUAUGCAUGCAAGAGCCCUCAGGAAUUAGAAGAGGGGUCGAGUUCCCCGGAACCUGAGUAAGCCACCCAGUGUGGGCACCGGAAACUGAACCCAGGUCAUCAGCAAGCUCUUAACCAUCAAGUCAUCUCUUGUACCCUCAAGUGACUACUUGAUAAGUGACUGCUUUCUUCUGCUCAACUUUGCAAAUUACUUUUUUCUUAUUUAAAUUAAAAAAAAUUUUUUUGGAGACAGGAUUUUUCUGCAUAGCCCUAGCUGUCCUGGAUCCACCAGCCUCUGCCUCCAGAGUGCUGGAACUGAAGGUGUGCGCCACCAUGCCUGGCUCUUAAAUUUAACUGUACGUAGUUUUAAUCAUAGUAAACACCCCUCUUGUUGUGGCUUGUCUACUUUGAUACACAGAUUGAAAUUUGAUAAGCAUUUGUCAGUGUUGGAAAGUGAGUCCUAGUAAGUGGUGUCAGGUCCUUACUUCACCACAAACACAAACAGAGAUGGCUGAGAAGGCCCUCCUACAAAUACAGUGAUUUCAUCUCUGUUAA